AGGGGGACGGAGGAGAUACGACGCCAAAGGCAGCGACAUCACCCAAGUCCGGCUCGCCUCCACGCACCCUGCGGAAGCCCAUCAUACAGCUGGAUUCUGUCCCCUCACCCAAGAGCGAAACCAGACGAUAUGCGCCUCCGUCUCCGUGGAAGUCUCAGCAGCACAGCAAGGACACAAGACCCCUGAGCGAUGCUCGCGGGAUUCUACAUGCCGCAUUUGAGCCCACGCGCCAGCGGUCGAGGUCAGCCGGCCAGGAAGCCUUGAAGAAGCUUCAGCAAGCAUUUCCAUCACUCAGCGCGCCCUCCAACUUUCUCCCCUCGCUCUCCAGGCCAAGAUCGUUUCUCUCGAGCUUGACCGACGGCAAACACCAGCGCAGUCGCUCACUCGCCUCUCGACGUCGAGGCCAUGCUUCUGUUUCUCAGUCUCCCACCAAUUCCCCUCCUCCACCUCGCAGCUCGGCCGAUGCCGAUGCCGAUGCCGGUGCCGGCUCUGAAGCGCUGCGGCCGCCGCUGCUGCGCAGGACAACGUCCGACGACAGCAUGCUCUACCACAGCCUGUCGCGCGCGUCUUCGCUAGGCGACGAUAACCGCUUCACCGACGUCCGCGAGCAGGUCAACGUGCGCUUCAUGGCUAUCAAGGACAGCCUGCCUGACGUGCCCAACUUCAAGAUGCCCAGCAUGCCGACGCUGGCCAAGCUGCAGGCCGUGUCGCGGCGGUCCACCAUUUCGCUCAACAACAUCUUUUCCAACGAGCCGGCGGCGCAGUCCAAGCAGCAGCUGGAGCAGGACAGGGACCUCAAGGACAAGGACAAGGACAAGGACAAGGACAAGGACAAGGACAAGGACGAUUCGGAGCGCCUCGACCGCGUGCUGGCAGAGCUGACGGGCGACAUUGUCGUCAUGGGCGGCUACCGCGGCUCGAUCCUGCGGUCGGCCGAGCCUCCCCAUCAGCAGCUGUGGGCGCCGGUCAAGCUGGGGCUCAACAUGCGCAAGGCGAACCUCGAGGUCGGCCUGGACGACGAGGACGAGGAGACGAUGGAGAAGCGCAUCAUCCCGUCGGGCAUGCUGCAGCACAUUGGCCCCAUUGACAUCUCGCGCAAGUUCUUCAAGAAGCUGCGCUCGUGCGAGAACGCGCGGACGGGGCGCCUCCGCGUCUGGGACUACGGCUACGACUGGCGCCUGAGCCCGGCACGGCUGUCGAAGCGGCUGCAGGACUUUCUCGCGACGCUGCCGUCGAACCAGCCGGGCGUCCCUGCCGAGGAGCGCGGCGCCAUCGUCGUCGCGCACAGCCUAGGCGGGCUCAUCACGCGGCACGCCGUCAACCAGCAGCCGCACCUCUUCGCCGGCGUCUUGUUCUGUGGGACGCCCAUGCGGUGCAUCAAUAUCCUCGGCCCGCUGCGCAACGGCGACGCGGUGCUCUUCAACGACAAGCUGCUGACGGCGCAGGUCAACUUCAGCAUCCGCACCUCCUUUACGCUGCUGCCCGACGACGGCUUCUGCUUCGUCGACCGCGAGACGGGCGAGCCGUACCCCGUCGACUUUUACGACCCGGACAGCUGGGUCAAGUGGCGUCUCAGCCCUUGUCUUGCGCCUGUGCUGCCGCCGUACAACCGCUCUGCCGGGCAUUCUCCCCUGGCCAACCUGUUCCCCAAGAACUCCCUAACAAGGCGUCUGGGCAGCCUCAGAUGA